CAUUGCUUCUUCUCAUCCACAAUACUCUCUCUCUCUCUCUCUCUCUAUUUUCGUUCUUUUCUUUCUCUCUUUUCACUUUUAAUCAAUUUUUGUUGGGUUUUUGUGCUUUGCAACAGUAGUACUAGUUCUUAUGAUCAGUUUUGAUUAAGGUUCCUUUAAAUUAGCUUCUUUUAGACAUAGGAGGAGGUUUGUUGCCAAUUGGAUCUCUAUGAUCAGCUUUUGCUUUCCUUUCUCUAGCUGACACUUGGAUAAAGAUAUUGUUUAAGGUCAUGGUUUUGGUCUUUGGCAAGCAAGAAGGCAUAUAAACCAAUGGAGAACUAAAAGCCACCUUUUCUUUUACUCUUUCUUUAAUAAGCUGCUAUAGAGGGUUUGGUGUAGUUCCAUAUUCUCUCUCUCUCUCUCUCUCUCUCUCUCUCUCUCUCUCUCUCUCCUACUAGAGUCCUUCUCAUGCUUGGGAACUUUUGCCUUUUCACUCAUCUAUAGAGAGCAGGGAACUCAAUAGAAGAUAUUGAAGAUAUGUUAUCAUCAACCUACCAGUGUUUCUCAAUUUAUUCUGCUCUUUUUUUUUCCUUUUUUUUUCUUUUACUGUUAACAAUUGUGAGAGACCCAUCACAGAUGCAACCUAGCUACUAUAAAUUGGUGCUUCUGAUAUCUUUCUGUCCCUUCUGAUAGUUGAGUAGAAAAUUAGGAGAAGAAGAAGAAGAAGAAGAAGAAAAUCAGAUCUGUCUUGAGUGUUUCUUUUGUCCCCCUCGGUACUGCUGUGGCCUCAAAUCCUAUCUGCUUCUUCUAAUUACUUGUUAAAACAAAAGCGCAGUCAAAAGCAGUUUGGUAAUGAAGGAGCUUGAAAUUCAGCACCAGCAAGCUGUGGAUGAGAGCAUGUCUAAUCUUUCUACCUCAGCAUCUGCUGCUUCUCCCCUCUCCUCAAACCAUCAAUCCUCUUUAGCCUCUCCAAAUCCAAAUCCAAAUCCUGCUAAGAAGAAGAGAAGCCUCCCAGGAAACCCAGACCCAGAUGCAGAAGUAAUAGCACUGUCCCCAAAAACUCUGAUGGCAACAAAUAGGUUUGUGUGUGAGAUCUGCAGCAAAGGGUUCCAAAGAGAUCAAAACCUGCAGCUCCACAGAAGGGGCCACAACUUGCCAUGGAGGCUGAAGCAGAAGGCAAGCAACAAGGAGGUGAGGAAGAAGGUGUACAUAUGCCCAGAAGUGUCCUGCGUGCACCAUGACCCCUCUAGGGCUCUUGGGGACCUCACUGGGAUCAAGAAGCACUUCUUCAGGAAGCAUGGGGAGAAGAAGUGGAAGUGUGACAAGUGCUCCAAGAAGUAUGCUGUUCAAUCUGACUGGAAAGCCCAUAGCAAGAUUUGUGGCACUAGGGAGUACAAGUGUGACUGUGGCACUCUCUUCUCGAGGAGGGACAGCUUUAUUACCCACAGAGCCUUCUGUGAUGCAUUGGCUGAAGAGACUGCAAAGUCCAUCACAGCAAACACUGUUACUGAUCACCACCCUCUUCCUCCUCCACCUCCUCCUCCUCCUCCUCUCCUCUUCUCUCAUCAGCCCACACUAUCACAUGACUUCUCCACACUGCAAGAUCACACCACAAAUAGCAACCAUGGUGAUCUUGAUCUCCAUCAUCAAGAUCAGCUCUCCAACAUAGAAGAAAAGCACCAUGACCAACAACAACAACAACAACAGUAUUUGACAAUGGCUAAAGCUCAUUAUAAAGAGAUCAUCCCAUCAUGGGCUUCUCUAAACCACUCUGAAAAGCCCUUCUCUCUCUACCCAAAUGAGAACCAGCACCAACAGUCUCUAAGUACAGCAGCUUCUCCUCACUUGUCAGCCACUGCACUGCUCCAAAAAGCAGCUCAGAUGGGUGUAACUAUGAGUAGAGCCCCACAGAAUGGUCACACGUCUACUACUCACUACACAAGCAGUACCAGUACAAGUGCUAAUUAUGGGGGCUUUGGGCUGGGCCUGAGUUCAAGUCAUGAAGUGGGUGGGAGUGGUCCUGUGUUCCACGACAUGAUGGUCUCUUCUCUCUCUUCGGGUUCUUGUCUUGAUGGGUCUCUUCCUCAAGGGGCCAUUAAUGGUGUGGGAAGCUUAAGAAGCAGCCAUGGGAGCAGGAAUGAGGAGGGAGGAGGAGUUGGUGGCGGUGGUGGUGGUGGUGUUGGUGAUGGGUUGACCAGGGACUUCCUGGGUUUGAGGGCCUUCUCUCCCAGAGAGAUCUUCAACAUGGCUGGGUUUGAUCCUUGCAUGAAUCCCUCUUCCUAUCAUCAACCUUAAGAAGCUACCAACCACCAAAAAAGGAAGCAAUGUGGAGGAGAUUGGCACAAUCAUUCCAUGGGUAACUUUUUGAGUCUUUUGUAGCUCUCAUAUAAGGCUCAAUGGUUUAAAUCUCUCUCUCUCUCUCUCUCUCUCUCUCUCUCUCUCUCAACGAACGCAAGAGAGGAGUAUGUUAAUUUCAGCAUCUCUCUUUUUCUUUGGUAUACAGUAAUCAAAAAGAGGAAAUUCCAGUUGCAGCUUAA